UGUGUGUGUGUGUGGCUAAUUUGUGUGCACGAUUGCCUGCCGAUAUUCGGGUUUCAUCUCUUGACGUAUGCCAGAGGCCCCGGGCAAAAUGCUUGCCAAAUGAAAAGGCAGGCCAACCCUCUGAAAGAUGAACCCCAACAGAGCUCUGAGGUGGAUGAACCAUGGGACUCUCCCAGUGAGGAAGAGGAAGCUCUGUAUGGCACAUCUCCCCCCUGCACCCGCCGUCAGAUAAAGCGCAUGUCAGGCAAACAUCAACGGAACAGCCAGACUAGAGCUGCUGGUCGCUCCCCUAACAAGACAGACCUCAGUGCAAUAGCCCUGAGAGAAAGUCCAAGGCAAACCGAAACCCCCGAGGAACACAGCUACAAACAGGGGAAGAAGCAGAGGGCCACACUUCGUUCCACUGAGAGAGACCACAAGAAGACAUUUGAAGGCUCAUUUAUGUUGGAUCCACUCUCUAAGUCAAGCCCUUUCAGUGCCCUCAACAUGGACCCCAGGAAGCAUUACUUGAGCUUGGGCUGCAGCAGUGGCAAACUCCCUGUCUCUAUGCCCCAUCCCAUGGCCCGGACCCAUCGGCAGACUUCACGCACAGACUGCCCAGCCGACCGCCUCAAAUUCUUUGAAACCCUGCGACUGCUGCUGAAACUCACGUCCAUGUCCUCAAAGAGGAAGGAAAAAGAGCAAAGGGGACUGGAGAUCAUGGCCUUCAUGGGUCACAACAAUGAGGUCAUUUGGCUGGAGCUGCAGGCAUGGCAUGCGCGACGCUCCACCAGUGACCAAGACCUGUUCCUUUUCACAGCCCGCCAAGCCAUCCCUGACAUAAUCAACGAAGUGCUGCAAUUCAAAGUCAACUUUGACAGUCUGAAUCCUGGUCGAUUUGCCUCAAAUCCAGGGUCAGAGCAGAGCCAGUUAGGCUGUCAGAAUUCCCCAGAUCUAGUUUGUGGAGAAGGGAGGGAGCCUGCCGUAGCAGAGACAAACCACUGUGGCAUAGAUCCCUGGGGCUUUAGCGCCUGCCCACCUUCAACUAUGAAUGCAGCAGAACCCUUAGGCUCUGGGGCAGGUUGCAGGGAUCACCUUCAGCGUCAGCGUUUGGCCUUUGAACAGGUCAAGCGGGUCAUGGAGAUGCUGGAGUCUGUGGAAGCAUUGUAUCCUUCUCUGCAGGCUUUGCAGAAGGACUAUGAAAAAUACGCAGCACGGGACUUCCAGGGCAGGGUGCAGGCACUCUGCCUGUGGCUGAAUAUCACCCAGGACCUCAACCAGAAGCUGCGCGUUAUGGCAACUGUUCUGGGCCUACAUGAUCUGUCCCGUAUUGGGUGGCCUGUCUUCGAGAUCCCCUCACCUCGUUGCUCCCGUGGCAACGAGGAAGAUGACAAUGAAGAGGAUGAGGAGAAUGACUCAACAGCCACUUUUACAGCUGAUAGUGACGCAGAGGACAGGGAUAUUGGGGCGGACUGGGAAAAGGGUAUGGCUGAAGGAGAGCUAUCUCCCUCUCUGACACCUAAAUUUGCCCGGCUGUUGUCAGAGGACGAGUUUCUCCCAACUGCUGGGCCAGGAAAUACAGAAAUGACUGGGGGAAGUUCAGUGUUUUGCCCCACAGCCAUCUACAGGCCAUUUGUAGAUAAAGCUCUGAAACAGAUGGGACUACGAAAACUGAUCCUCAGACUGCACAAACUGAUGGACCGUUCUCUUCAGAGGUCGAGGGCAGCCCUGCUCUGCCACACUCCUGCACAGGAGUUUGCAGACUACCCAGACCCAAUGCUGUACAGUGAUUACCUGCCAGAGCUGUCCCGCCAUGUUUCCUGUAGCGGUCCAGCUCAUCCGGAGCUGGGGGCAGAUCAGGUGUCCUGGGAGGAUCUGCGAGAAAUGGACCUCCCGUCCUUCCGGCCAGCUUUCUUAGUCCUUUGCCGGGUUCUUCUCAACGUCAUUCAUGAAUGCCUUAAACUGCGCCUUGAACAGAGACCUGCUGGAGAGCCCUCACUGCUCAGUAUCAAACAGUUGGUGCGUGAGUGUAAGGAGGUUCUCAGGGGUGGCCUCCUGAUGAAGCAGUACUACCAGUUCAUGCUGCGUGGUGUGGUCACUGAUGCUCAGGGCUUACAGACAAAUGCCAACAUUGAUGAGUUUGAGGAGGAUCUGCACAAGAUGCUGGUGGUCUAUUUUGACUACAUGCAUAGUUGGAUCCAGAUGCUGCAGCAGUUGCCCCAGGCCUCACACAGCUUAAAGAACCUUCUAGAGGAAGAAUGGCACUUCACCAAGGUCAUCACCCCUUAUAUCCGUGGAGGGGAGGCCCAGUCUGGUAAACUCUUCUGUGAUAUUGCUGGGAUGCUGCUCAAAUCCACAGGGGACUUUCUCGAUGCUGGCCUACAGAAGAGUGGAAAUGAAUUCUGGGAAAGUGCAGAUGACAGCACAGCAUCAGAUGAGAUCAGGCGUUCGGUCAUUGAAACUAGCCGGUCACUUAAGGAGCUGUUCCACGAGGCAAGAGAGAGAGCUUCCAAAGCUUUGGGCUUUGCCAAAAUGCUUCGUAAGGACCUGGAAAUUGCUGCAGAAUUCAGUAUUACCAGUGGGGUGCCUUUUCUCCUGAAUGCACUCAAGGAGAGAAAUUAUGUCAAGGUUCAGAUUCUGGGCCUAGAGGAACUGGAGGUUUUUGUUCCUUGUGGCUUGAUGCACCAGCGACCCCUCAUCCUGCAGCUCCUGAAUGCUGCUGCUGGAAAAGACUGCUCCAAGGAGCCAGAUGAGAUGCCUGAGGAUGAGGCCUACUUGCUUAUAGGGAAACAUGGACCCGGCGACACUCCUACCACUUCUGACUGGGUUGAGUGGGAUGGAGAGUUGCUCAAACUGGUUCCCCAGAUGGAGACUGUGGACACACUAAGAGCCAUGAAGGUUGAGAACAUGCUCUUGAUUGUGAUGCAGUCCGCUCACCUCGUGACCCAGCGUAAGGCCUUCCAGCAGUCCAUGGAGGACGUUCUCACUCUGAGCCGGGAGCAGACCUCCAGUCAACCUCUUAUUGCUGGUGCUCUGGAGCAGCUCAAGAAUGAGGCACUGCAACUAUGCAUCAAGAUCAACACCGCCAUCGACCGGGUGGAGUACAUGUUCACAUCGGAGUUUGAGGCAGAGGUGGAGGAGUCCGAGUCAGUCACUUUGCAGCAGUACUACAGAGAGGCCAUGAUACAGGGCUACAAUUUUGCAUUUGAGUACCACAAGGAGGUUGUGCGCCUAAUGUCAGGAGAGUUCAGGCAAAGAAUCGGAGAGCGCUACAUCGCCUUUGCCCGCAAAUGGAUGACAUAUGUCCUGACCAAGUGUGAAAGUGGCAGGGGCACCAAGCCUAGGUGGGCGACUCAGGGUUUUGAUUUCCUUCAAGCCAUCGAGCCUGGCUUCAUAUCAGCGUUACCUGAGGAUGACUUCUUGAAUUUGCAAGCUCUGAUGAAUGAGUGUAUCGGACAUGUGAUUGGCAAGCCCCACAGCCCAGUCACUGGACUAUACAUUGCACCCAGGAAUAGUCCUCGACCUGUGAAGGUCCCCCGCUGCCAUAGUGACCCUCCAAACCCCAAUCUGUUCAUCCCCAGUGCUGAAGGGUUCAGCUCUCGAAGUCUCCCCUGCGACCUUCGGAACCAGCUGUUCCCCAAUGGCCCCCGCCCCAUUCCCCAGGGCCCGGGGGAACACGGCCACACCAAAGCACCCGGCAGCGCCCCCAAUGAUGUCAGGGGGUCCAGUUUCCAUGAGAAUGACCGUCUGUCGUCAGUUGCAGCAGAGCUGCAGUUCAAAUCUCUGAGCCGCCACUCCAGCCCCACAGAAGAUAGAGAAGAGCCUUCCUAUCCUAAAGGAGACCCAAGCAGUGUUGCCCGCCGUAGCUGGGAGCUCCGUACUUUCAUCAGCCAGUCCAAGAAUAUGGCAGCCCGUCAGAGCCCCAUGGAGGCGGUCCGUCGCUCCAUUCGUGCCUUUGAGGAGAAACGCUAUGCCGUAAUGAAGCAGCGCAACAUCAUCGGCCAGGUGUGCCACACACCCAAGUCCUAUGACAACGUCAUGCAGGUUGGCCUCAGGAAGGUGACCUUCAAGUGGCAGAGGGGCAACAAGAUAGGUGAAGGCCAGUAUGGCAAAGUGUACACCUGCAUCAACGUUGACACUGGAGAGCUGAUGGCCAUGAAGGAGAUCCGAUUCCAACCUAAUGACCACAAAACAAUCAAAGAGACUGCAGAUGAGUUGAAAAUAUUUGAAGGAAUUAAACACCCAAACCUGGUGCGUUACUUCGGCGUUGAGCUCCAUCGGGAAGAGAUGUACAUCUUCAUGGAGUACUGUGACGAGGGAACUCUAGAGGAGGUGUCUAGACUGGGGCUGCAGGAACACGUUAUCAGACUCUACAGCAAACAGAUCACUACAGCAAUCAAUGUUCUUCAUGAACACGGCAUCGUCCACCGCGACAUCAAAGGAGCCAACAUUUUCCUGACGUCAUCGGGUCUGAUCAAACUGGGUGACUUUGGCUGCUCAGUCAAACUGAAGAACAAUGCCCAUACCAUGCCAGGGGAGGUGAACAGCACCCUCGGAACAGCAGCGUACAUGGCACCUGAAGUCAUCACAAGAGCGAAGGGAGAAGGCCACGGGCGGGCAGCAGACAUCUGGAGUCUCGGCUGUGUCCUGAUUGAAAUGGUAACUGGAAAGCGGCCCUGGCACGAGUACGAGCACAACUUCCAGAUCAUGUACAAGGUUGGCAUGGGCCAUAAACCUCCCAUCCCGGAGAAGCUGAGCACAGAGGGAAAGGACUUCCUUGGCCACUGUCUGGAGAGUGAACCCAAACGCCGCUGGACCGCCAGCAUGCUGCUGGACCACCCAUUUGUUAAGGUUUGUACCGACGAAGAGUGACUUGGACCUCUGGGCUUCAACGUUUACAAAACAAAGCACUACUGUACAUGCUGUCGGCGAAGAGAAACGGAAACGACUGCGGCCACGAAGACCAGGAGGCGCUGACGGAUGCAGGCACAUGGAGCUAAACUGAGGAACUGUACAUGCUAUCAUUUCAGAGGACAACUGGACCUACGGAGUUAGAGGGUUGUGUUUUGACGUACCGUUGGACUGGGGGGGGGGUGUACAUACUGUAAGAAUGGGAUUGGUUCUGAUCCUUGUAUAAACAAUAUUGUAAAGUCAAAGUAAUUAUAGCCAAAUGUGUUGUUCUCACUGGUGAAGAUCUCAGAAAAGGCGAUGAGGAUUUUUUUUUUAAGAAACGGGGGGAGGGGGGGCAAAAGCUAUGGCACUUUUUAAAUACUGUUUACCCACAGGGGAGGCAGUUUACUGGGGGGGGGUAUAUUUUAUUUCAGCAGGCCUUUAGACAAGUUGAUGUGGUGGUGGGGAGGGGGUCUUAUUUACAUUGUCUUUUUUUUUUUUUGGAUGUUGUGAGCCCCAUUAAAACAAAAGCGGGAGGUGUUGUUUUACCGUGUUAACGCCAUUAAAACGUGCAAAAUAAGUUGGCAUUCAUUGGGCUGGGGUGGGCACCCAGGAAGGAUUUUUUUUUUAAUGUAUUUUUUUUUCCUUUGCCUUGAUGAGGAAUAAACGUCACCAGUAGUAUCGUGUCGGAGCCGUGGCGGCUGUUUGAAACGGUAUCCGAGUCAAGCCAGUGGCGUGCUGUAAAAAGCUGUCCGUGAGUGACGGGAGCGUGGCCGACCAAGAGAGAGAGAGACACGGGGUCUGCCCGCCCGCCCUCCCUC